CGGGAUAGGGCGGCAGGAGCCAUCAUGGGCUGCCUGGUCGGCGACGCGCUGGGCGUCGGGGCUCAUUGGUACUACGAUGUCGACGUGCUGCGCCAGGAGUUCGGCUGGAUCGAUGGCUACACCAAGCCCAAACCGGGUCGAUACCAUGAAGGUCAGGAAGCAGGGGAUCUGAGUCAAACGGGGCAGGUGUGUGAGCUGCUUCUGCGCUCACUGGCGGAGGUGGGCAGGCACGACCAGGACGAUUUUACAGCCCGACUCGACGGUUUGCUGGGCACUCUGGAUGGCAGUGCCUACUCUGGCCGCUACACAGACGUGGCGAUGCGGGACGUCUGGCGCGGCCGCAAGGCACGGGCAGCACAUGCCUGGCCUGGUUGCCAGGGUGGUCCUGCUCUGCUCGACACCGCCGAGGGGGCCAUCCGCGCCGUCAUGCUGGCUGCGCGGUAUGCGGCCAGCCUGGGCGACACGGCGCGGCUUGCCAUGCAGAACGUGCGGUUGACCCAUCUGGACCCGGUUGUGGCGGGGCAGUCCAUGUCGUUUGCAAUUUUGGUUGCGGCGCUUAUCCAGGGCGAGAGCAUGGACGCCGACUUUGGCAAGAAGAUGAGGGAGCUGGCAGUCCAGCAGGAGAUCCCUGUCACGCAUGCCGUGUUGGUUGAGGAGCGCGACUACAUCACGCGCCAGCCUGCGGACCCCACCCCCACCAUGCCCUUCCCAGACGCGCUCCUCCAAGUGUCUUGGGUGGUGCAGGCGGCGCGGGACCCGACCAUCUCCAUCCCACCCACCAAAGUGGCCCUGCUGUAUGGCCUGGCCUGCUCCAUCCACUUCCUGCUGCCAGCCGCCUACUACUACACCGCGCACUUCCAGGGCCGGCCAGACCACUUUGAGAUCGCAGUGCUGAUGGCGAUCAACAGCGGCGGCAACAAUAUGGCCAGGGCGGCACUAACAGGCACUGCACAUUUCCCUUGGAUUGCAGGUGCCCUUGUGGGCGCGAUUGUGGGCCUCGGCGGCAUCCCACAGCGCUUCAUUAACGGGCUCGCAAACGGCGCCGAUCUCAAGGCAUUGGCACUGCAGGUU